AUGCCCCCCCCCCGCGUGCGCCACACCGGCUGCCGCGCGCCCGCCGCUCCUCGUCUUGCGCCGCUGCCCGCCCCCGCCCCGGCCCCGGUGCCAGCAACAAAGCCGUCCCCGCCCACCAGGUCCGGGAUCCCGCCGCGGUACGACCUCGAUGCCAAGUGGGACGCCUGCCUCGACCUCUCCAUCCGCCGCGUCACCUACUCCUCCCUCGCCGGCGCCUUCGGAGGCCUCAUCCUCUUCCGUAGCCCAACAACCCGCUGGGCAUCAGUUGCACUUGGAGCUGGUGUGGUGAUAGGGGCUGCGUUCACCAACUAGUCGGCCCCUGAAUGCUCAUACAUAUUCAAUGGUUCUCCUCCAAAGUGGGGAAAGGUUAGCAUUUCUCUUCUCCCCCUUACCCUCUGUUCGUCUCCUUCCUCCGAUUGCUUGCUGCACCACAGCAAGUAAUUAUUUUUUCAGAGAGGAGAAGAGGAGAGGUCUUGCAAUCCAACUUACCUGUAUUCUUGAACAAAUGAAGCACA